AUGCCCGCUUCACUCCCUCGUCCUUUGUUUGGAGGAGCCAUCAGCCUCCCUCUUCCUAUCGAUUACAUUGACGCCAGCGACCUUCGUCAAAUCCCGGACAACCAGGAGGUUUUUCUGUCGCCCACAAGUGACACCAGCGUAAUCCUCGAGGUCCUCGGCCUUGUUGAGGAGGGGGCCGCUAAGACGGACCUGUGGGAGGCGGCCAAGUUCCACUUUGGCUCACUGGCGCACGACAACGCCGCCCUUGCAUCAAAUAUCACAACACCGCAAGAAAAUAUCCCAGCGCCACCUCAGCAGGAGGUCUCGGCGUCCGACCUGGCCAACCUCCCCACACCCAAGCCUGUUGUGAUUGCCGGCACCCAGACGAUCCACAAGUACAGCCAUGACCCGCGCGGCGGUCCGCGGCCGGGGCACGAGGGUGACGCACCGGACGACGUGUUUAUCGGUCUCGCGCUCUGGCGCAUCAAUCUUCAGAUAGGCAAGGAGCGGAAGCGCGCCGACCUUGUUCUCUCCAUCAAUGUGCCGGCCGGGGCUGGGACGAAGGAGCGCGACGUGGCUGAGAGGUGGUUCAAGGCGGCGGCGGACGAGCUUAGGAUCGAAGACUGGGGACUGUUCGCCAACGAAGUGUAA